UCAGCCACAUUGAAAUCUAUUUCCUUCUCCUCCCUAAAACACUGGAUUUGUGAAAGACAGGGAGGAGAAGACAAUCAUCCAGCCUAUACACAGGGCCAGGAGUUGGACUGGAUGGUCCUGAUGGGUCCCUUCCAGCUCAGCAUAUCCCAGGAUUCUGUGAUUCUGUUUUUCCAUGCCAGAUUUGGCAAAUAAUUGAAGAUACAGGGUGACAUUUUGAACAAUAGUUUUUGUUAAGAUGACACCUGAGCAGUCCUACUACAAAUGGGAGGGGCUUGGACAUGUUGGUUGUUUUAGAAAAUGUUCCUUUAGUAGUUUUGAAAUGUUAUUUCUUCUGUUGAAAGGACUGAAGCUGAUCCAGGAGAGCUCAUGGAGCAAAUCCACAGCACUCAGACUCUUUAUGAACUACACAGAGAAGAAAAGGAUAAACCCAUGGAGGGAACUGGUGCUACAAAUGGGGUCCCCUGACAAUGGGAUUUCUGCCUCCCCACCGUUCUGCAAGCAGCACAUGCUGAGGGUGAGGCGUUCAAAGGGCAAGAAAAGCACUUUGGGCCUGUCCCUGCCUGCUGAGCCCAUAUGUCCACUGGGAAGAGAUUGGCAGAGAUCCCUGAGGAGAAGUAAUUACAGGAGACAGGAGCAGUCCAGCACCGAGGGGGAGUUAUUUCUGCACUGCCCAGGUCUGGGUGCCAGAAAACUGAAGGUCAGCCUUGGUUGGACUGGAGCAGGAUCACCUGUGACUUCAGGAAAUAUCAGAUUAUCCCCUCUUGGACCAGGUGGGAGGCAGGGACACCCUGUGGCCAGGGAGAGCUUUCAGCACAACGUUUAUCUGCAGUUGAUGGAUCACUGAGCGCUCACAGCUGAGGGAAAACGAACAUCAAAGAUCUCCAGUGAAUUAUUUUAAUGGUUGGAUCUUUACCAGGGCGAGCUUCGCCUUUUGUGUGUUUUGUUUGCCCCAGAACCCGGUUCCUGGAUGUUCUGAAGGCAGAGCUGAGCCCUGGCCGAGGCUCUGCUUUGAUUUCCAGCUCUCAGAGCUGAGCUGUGAGUGAACCUGACAGCUCUGUGGCCGAAGGGGAGUCCUGAUUCCGAGGUUCCACAACAAAAGGGCCUUAAUGAGGUCAGAGUGGAAGCAGAAUGUAAAUCAGGACAUUUCUUAUUCAAUCCCGUUGUUACUGAUGAGCCUCCACGACCCCAGCUCAGAGCGGGGCGGGGAGAGGCAAAGACAGAAGCAAGAACAGGCAUAAACUGGGAAUAAUAUAGUAAUUAUUCCACAUCUGGAAAUGUGGGGGGAAUGCACAGGCAUCACCUCUGCCCUCUGGCCAGCACACCUGAGGCUGGGCAGCUCCUUUGGUCUUCAGGGGAGGUAUUUUUAAGGGAAUGAGUGUGAACCUCAAUCCCUCUUUAAAUGGUGAAGUCCAAGGCAAUGGCAUCUGCCUGAGACUCUUUGCUGUGCAUGCCAUGAAUGCUGGUGCAGCUCAGGAUGCAGCAGAGC